AUGGCCUCUGAGAAAGAUUUCGAGACACCGUCUGGUGUAAUACAAAGCUCCGACGAAGGCGAUUUUACAGAGUUGAGUUCUCAAAAUGGACAGAUGAAUACCGAGAAACCCUCCCAGGCGGAGGAGGAGAUGAAGGAGGGCGGGUAUGGCUGCAACACCUAUCCGGGAGCUACUCCUUUACAAUUCGCCUUUAUCGGAGGUCUCUGCUUUUCGAUCGCUUUUAUCGUCCCGCCGGUAUCGACCAUAUUGCAUCGCAAAGCGGGUGUUCAGAUUACCGUCAUAGUCGGAGGGAUAUUCAUCUCGGGUGGCUACAUUGCCGCAUCCUUCUCGAAAACCAUAUGGCAACUCAUCCUCAGCCAAGGCGUCUGCUACGGCAUCGGUAUGGGAAUAUGCUUCACCGGAACAGCCAGCUUGGUUCCUCAGUGGUUCAAGAAACGGCGAUCUCUCGCAAAUGGUAUCGCAACCGGCGGCACGGGCUUUGGCGGCCUGACCUAUUCCUUGGCUGCGAAUGCAAUGAUUCAGAGGCUGGGCAUUGCUUGGACUUUUAGAAUUAUGGCCAUUAUCUGCUUUGUUGUGAUAACAAUCUCUGCUCUGCUUCUCAAGGAACAUGUCAAAACUCCCAAGGCAGAUAAGAUUUUGGAGUGGAAAUUCUUCAAAAUGGUUGACUUUUGGCUCUUUCUUGGCUGGCUAUGGUUGGCUAGUCUGGGCUACGUUGUUGUGGUCUUUUCUCUUUCGGCAUACGCUCAACAGGUUGGCUUUUCGGCACAACAAGGCUCUCUUGCGUCUGCCAUGUUCAACUUAUCGACUGGUAUUGGUCGCCCACUCAUUGGCUUCCUAUGUGAUAGGUUUGGCACCAUCAGAGUUACCAUGUUGGGCACAUUCUUUUCCGCCCUGAUUACGUUCUUCAUUUGGAUAUUUGGUGGCAAAUCAUAUGGGGGCUUGAUGGUAUACGCCUUGCUCGGCAUGUUUCCCAGCCUCUUGUGGGCCACGUUUGUGGUCAUGGCCGCGUCAAUCUUUGGCUUAAAGCUGAUGCCUGCCGCGAUAUCUCUCUCGAUCCUCACGUUGGCACUCCCUUAUACGUUUGCGGAGGCGAUUGGCCUUAGCUUGAGAAAGUCGGGUACGGAUGGUUUCAUCAACGUACAAGUCUUUGCCGGCGUCAUGUUUGUCGCUGCCGGCAUUUGUACCCUGAUUCUCACCAUCAGAAAAGGGGAAUUAUAUCGAAAAUAA